GUUUCCCCAGCAUUGCUCAUAGUCUCCAAGGCAAAUUGAUGUAUUUGAUUUACUAAAGUUUAUGCUGUAUAAAAGGACAUAAUGGACGUGGAAUCCAUUAGGAAAUUAUAUCCAGACCUAAUUAAGAAAAUGGGAAAAGCCACUGUCAACAAGAUUGUUGAUAUCCUGUUUGCAGAAGGUGUUCUUCAAAGUGAAGAAAUGCAUAUAAUUCAGAGUCAGCAGGUGGAAGAAGAUGCCGUCAGAAAUCUCCUUGGUUUAGUUAGGAAUAAAGGAUCAGUUGCUUGUGAGAAAUUUGGACUUGCUCUAGAGGAAAAUGAUCCUCAUCUUUAUGAUGACCUACAGAGCAGUUGUAUCACUGAUGCAGUAAAACUUUUAUCACUGGGAAGUAACUGA